UGAGUGCAAACAUGUGAUAAAGCAGGUGACAGUUGUAACGACUUUCCUGAAGGUUGCUGAAUAAUUGAAAUCAAGGGGACAUAUGUACAAACAUGUUUAGAUAACAUAAAUAGCCUUAAUCAACACAGUAUAAAAGACAGCGAGAAAAGAACUAAACCGUUUCUAGAUUUUUCCUCGCAAAGUUUGUCAAGUAAAAUGUCGCGGACUCAAGUGAAGGAAUCCGACGAUGGCCAGUCUCCUCCAAAGCAAAAACCAGGGACGUCCAGACAGAUGUCUGUCCUGUCCACCCUGUCCAUGGCCUCCAAGACUGUGUGCCACAGGGCCACCUCGUGGCGUUAUCGAAUGGCUCUGAUGCUUCACCUCGCCAGUGCCAUCGUCAUUCUCCUCAGGAUGAACAUCUCCUUGGCGCUCGUGUGCAUGACGCGCCACACGCUUUCCAACGGUUCAACCGACGGUUCCCAAGGGUCAGAUGACUUGGCGAACAGUUCUUCUCCAGACUCUGCUGGCGGGAACACCUCAGUGACGGCUGUUUCUGCAGAAUUUGACUGGGAUAGCUCGAUUCAAGGUCUAAUUUUUUCGUCUGGAGGGUUCAUCAGUUUUCUCUUUCCGAUAUUCGCCGAUCCUCUCUGUCGUCUCAUGGGAUCCAAACUGGUGAUGACUAGCUUCACCUUGUUAGCAGGAGUGUUAACUAUACUCAACCCUCUUGCCGCCGGAAUGUCGCCUUACUUUCUCAUCGUCCUCCGCGUUUUCAUAGGGGCAGCUGGGGGCUUAGUGCUCCCAGUGUCAACAGGAUUCUUCUCAUGGUGGUCUCCGGAGUCGGAGAAAGUCACAAUAGCAUCACUUACUUACGCUGGAAUAAACGUAGGAAAUAUUUUAGUCGGGGCGCCAUCUGGCUACAUGUGCUCCAUUCCUAUUGCCAAUGGCUGGCCCUUCAUCUUCUACGUGCAUGGAGCCUUCACCAUUCUGUGGUGUGUCGUAUGGCAUUUUUGUGCAUCCGAAAAGCCGGAAGAUCAUCCUUUUAUAUCUGAAGAGGAGAAAACGUACAUCAUUAGAACGAGGCUUGCUAUGGAUGUCAGCCAGAAGACAACUGCACCACCUUAUCUAGCCAUAGUCACAUCAAAGCCAGUGUGGGCAUUUCUUCUUGUGAUGAUAUCGCAUUCCUUCGCUACCAUGAUUAUCUUUUCUUAUAUGCCAAAAUACAUCGCCACAGUUUUUGAGUUUAACUCGAGCAGGUCGGUCUGAUAACAUCUGUCAGCUACGUGUCUCGCAUUCUUGGAAUCGUCGUCUUCAACUUCUUGUCAAACUCUCUGUUUUCAAGAACACAUCUUACCAAGACUACAAUCCGUAAAGUGGUGCAGUGCUCAGGGUUCUUCUUGUGUGGGGGUUGUCUAAUGAUACUGGGAUUCUUGACAAAUGAUGUAGCGGCCUUGCUGCUUCUCAACACAUAAUGAUGGGUCAGAGUUGUUCUAUGGUCGCUGGCUUCAUUUUGCCGUUGGAUCUGGCUCCCAGAUAUGCUGGGUUUCUCUCUGCGGUGUUCAUGUCUGUGGGAGGUAUAAUCGGUAUCCCAGGUCCUAUCAUUGUAGGCCUCAUGACCCCAGAGGGAACUCUCGAGGAGUGGCGUAACGUGUUUAUCUUCAUUGGAGCCUCGUUUGUGUUCGGGGCUGUAACUUUCCUGUUUCUGGGCAAGUCUGACCUCCAGCCCUGGGCCGUGCCCCCAGGCAGCACUGCAGCCGAGGAGGAGAGACGUCCAGUGACCUCUGAACUUAUAAAUCGCAGGAUGACCAUUAUGUCUUCGGGCCCACCACUCUCGCCUAAGAUCAAUCAGACCAGGUUUCGCUUUGAUGCGGGCGUUGACUACAACUUCCAGAGUGCCAGCUUCACCCGCGACAUCUCUCUGUGGCCCAGUAGGACAGAUGGACGUCAGGCUCGUGCGGUGUCCAAUGACGUAACCGGAAUAACCGUCACUGAGCUCGAGGAGUUACGUUUUGAUGAAGUAUCGACCACGGCUCCUUAUCAAAUUGACAAUCAUUCAAACUCCUUCCACGUGACACGUACUGAUGUCAACGACAAGGAUGUCAACAGCAAUGACUACGUCAACCCUGGAUUUUAUCCGAUCCUGAAGUGGUCACUGCAGGAGAGGAACAAGUGGAAAACAAGGCAAAAGAGCAGGAGAAAGAGUGUAGAGGAAUAAAGGACGCAAGACAUCUAUGCAAGCACCUCGUACUUUAUCUAUGGACGCAAAAUAUUAGGAACACUAUCGACUUUGGAGCCACCAGGUUGUCCUUUAUUGACCAAGAAAUAUAUACUCGUAGUUAUGUCAUAAUGCAAAGUUAGUGUGCCUACUGCUACUUAGCUAUUUUUAAAGGCUUCAUAAGGUCCUUUUUUAAUGCUCUGUGCACGUUUCCAAAUUUAUGACAUUUAAAAAAAAAAUGCAAUAUGUACAUCUUAAAAAGGAAAUGUGAUAAUGUUGGCAAAAUUUUAUUUAAAGGAGAAAAACAGAAAUGAAGUUUCUUUCUAUGAUUCUUAUCAAAAUUUUAAACGCGGACACCAAAAAUAAAUGGGUAAAAAUGUUUGAAAUAUUUUCCUAUAUUACUAAAUUAACGAAUUCAUUAUUGAAAUACAAAGCACUGCCUAGAACUGAACCAUAAUGCUGAAAUCAGAUGUAAAUUAAAUAGAGUGAAUCAUGAAUGUCUGUAAAGGAGAUACAACCACCUCUGUCCACACUCUGCGCACUCACAUUCUUUAAGCAGAAGCUUCCAACACCUUUUCUGUGCUUCCUUUGGUAAAAUGUGAUUUACAGACAGCUGAUAUUUUUGUGCUGGUCAUGUAUCAUACUUUGAACUUUGCAUUGUAUGAUGUAUUAUAUUAUUCGUGCAUUUAGUUUCUUUUCAGGGAUAUAUCAUGUCACAGAUACGACUAUUAUUUAUUGUAUAGGUAGGGGAAGGGGACAUUAUCUCACGCCUCAUUGUAUUUGUCUUUUAAUAAAAUUCGUUGGUUGAUUAAGACAGAUGUGACAGACUUUUUUUUAUAAAAAGAAAAAAACCAUGAAAAAGCUUGCGUUUUGUUUCAAUGCAUUCUUUA